AUGGUUUCACUGUUAAGGCAUUCCAGUGGCCUCUCACACACAUCCGGAAUACUCAACUUGUUGGGUUUCAAGAGUAUCCGAACGUUCACAUCUUCCCCCUCACCACACGCAGAACCGGUAUCUAUCCGCGCCAGCUUGACGGAGAGAACACAGGGUCAACUAAGUGAACAAAAUCUCGAAAUAGCGGUGCGUCAAGUACGACAUGAUGGCCUGGUCGUGGUGCAAAAUGCUGUCGAGACAGACAUUCUGGACAAGUUGAACACGAAAAUGGUGGCUGAUGCAUUAUACUUGCGAUCCCGAGGGGAAAACAGCCCUUUCAACUACAACAAGGGGAACUUACAACAAGAUGCGCCUCCCGUCAAGGAAUUCUUCUAUCCCGAGAUUUUCCUAAAUCCAAUCGCCACUCAAAUCACAUCCGCCGUCCUGGGUCCUCGUCCCAAAUUGACCUUCUGCUCCGGAAACUCGGCGAUGCCGGCUACUGCGGACUCACCACCACAAAGACAACCAGUGCAUUCUGACGCGGACUUCGCACACCCCGACCACCCCUUCGCACUGGUCGUGAACGUUCCCCUGAUCGACAUGAAGCCGGAAAACGGGUCCACUGAAGUCUGGCUCGGAACCCACCAGGAUUUCGGAAUCGAAGCGCAAGAAGGAGCGCACGGCGAGAGAGCCUCCGGGAGAAUUCGUGCUGCACUUCUAGAGGAGAGAUCCAAAACGAAUCCGCCGACGCAGCCCUUCAUUCCCAAAGGAAGCGUCAUCGUUCGAGACCUGAGGCUCUGGCAUGCUGGAAUGCCGAAUUAUUCGGACGAUGUGAGAAUAAUGCUGGCCAUGAGUAAGAACGUGCCCUCUCCGUCCUUUGAACCCUUUUGCCAACGAGCCACAGUUCAUUUUGCGCCUUGGUAUCGGAAUCCAAUGAAGCUGGAACUGGCGGAAGAAAUCAAACCCCUUGUAGGAGGCGUGAAGGAUCUGGAUGUCAGGGCCCACUUUGUCGGCGAGGAUCAAGUGCUUGGGAGUUACCUCGACCGAGGCUUUGGAAAUAGCUAUGACUUUAGUCAAAGGCCAUAA